GAAUACCCUAGAGUUUGACCAAAGCGCCAGCUGACCGAAACAAGUAGCCAACGCCCUAGCAUAAGGCUGGGCCGGAUUCGGGGUUCAGGCUGCGCGGUCAGGCUCUCGAGCUCUCGCACGAAUUUUCUUGCGAGCUGCAAGUGGGGGCGCCGCCGUCGCGGCUGAGGGGCCCAACUGCCUUUUGCAGCGCCCUUCGGCCACCGGCUGCAGCCCUGCUUGGCUCCUACCCUUUAGGGUCAAGGGUCGCGGGCAGCGAAGCCCCAGGGGACCGGGCAGCCCCGCGUCCCCGGAAGCGCUGGCUCUCGGGCUCGGGCUGCCGCGUUCCUGGCCGGCGCGCUUGAGCGCUCUGCGGCUCAGGCCUCCCCGUCACUGGCGACCUGCCCCCGCCAGGCCCGCUCCGGUCCCUGGAGACGCGAGCGACACCGGCCGCCGAGGGUACACUCCAAGGCAGCAAUCACCAACUAUGACCUCUUGGGUUCCAAGGCUGCUUCCUAGGAAUGUCCGAUCCUUGGCUGCCUCAUCAGAGAACCAGCGAGUUGAGGAUGGCCGACGGCACCAGGAGGCCUAUGGGUACUUCUUGCCCAUCCAGACAAGGUGGCAGGACAAUGACCAGUAUGGCCACGUGAACAAUGCCGUGUACUACAGCUACUUCGACACGAUCAUCAACCACUACCUGAUCAGGUACUGUGGCCUGAAAACGGGCUUGCGCACGUCCCCCACGGUGGGCUUCAUGGUGACCAAUCAGUGCACCUUCCACACACCGGUGGGCUUUCCGCAGAUCCCGGUGGCUGCGCUCGCCGUGGACAAAGUGGGUCGCUCCAGCGUGCAUUACCGCCUGGCUCUGUUUCCCCCCAAGCCCGCCGGAGACCUGCCUGCUGUUGAGCACCGGGACUUCAGUGAUGGCUUUUUCUUCGGCCACCCCAGGCUGGCACAGUUCGCCGCUUUGGCCUGUACCACUGGAUCCGCAGUCCACGUCUUUGUGAAUCCAGCCACCGGCAAGCCCACUGGCCUUCCUGAGGACUUCCGCCCCGGCCUCCUGCGCCUGGUGACCCAGCUCCCGAACCCCCAGAUGGCCAUGGAGAUAGCCAGGUGGCCAAGAAUUUCAGUUAGAGGAAACUCCAUUUGCUUUCCAUCCAAGAUGACCGUGCAUUUUCCAGGUUCAGAUGUUUGUGAUCUUCAGCACUUUAUGAAUUCUGCAGCAGAUGGGCGAGGGCCAGGUAGCGGGCGAGAACAGACUGCGUUAGGCAGGCUGGCACUCUGACAAGGGCAGCCCCAGCUGUGGUUCGGGUGUUAUUCAGCACGGCCACCCACUGCACCAGCAGCCUGCCUUCCCGAGCUCACGGCCACGGCCGCCUUAAUGAAGAGUGGAGGUAAGCAUGAAUCCCGGCUUUCCAGAGAUCACCACAUUUGAGAAACCCAGAAGAAUCGACAUGAUGGAAAUGGUGCCAAGUUCCUUUGCCUCUUGCUUUUCAACAAAGAGAGAGAGGGAAAGAAGGAGAGAGAAGAGAGGGGCACCUAGUAAUAAAAUGCAUGUCUAAACAUUUUCUAAUUUUCCUGGGCGUUUAAUUUUUUUUCCUUCAAAUAUUCUGUGUUAAAGCGGGGAAAGCAGAGAGUAAUAGCCAACAAAAGGAAUCGAGAAUGGAUACAAGAAUUUAGGUGAGCUGGUAUAAUGCACAGGAUACCCUAGUUGAAGUUUCAAAUCUUUGCCCUGUCAAUUUCCCUUUGUGUGACUUCAAACCCGGUUCUUAACCUGCCCAGCUUUUUGUUUCCUCAUCUGUCAAACGACCCAGAGAACAGAUGUCUCACAAACUGUUUGUUUGUGUUAUGAAAUGAAAUAAUAUGAUAAUAGUUAGUAUUUAUUGAACAUUUACUACAGUUCAGAUUUUUAUGCAUUAACUCUGAAAUCUUCAUGACAACUCUGUAUGAUGGUCCCUGUUAUCAUUCUCACUUACAGAUGAGAAAACUGAAGACAAAGAAUACAAAUGAUGUGUCCCAGAUUACAGGCAGUAAGGGCGGUCUGAAACUGAACCCGCAAGAGCUCGGAGGUGAAUGCCUGCAGUAUAACUGCUUCAAAAUGUCUUUGUUCAGACGGGCGGAGGGGACGACCUCGAUCCCGUGGUGGUGGCCAGUUGCUAACUCCAACUCCUGCCUGCGUCCGUAGGAGGGGGGAUUGGCAUCGAUGCAGCUGCUGGACCCAUUGGGUGACAACGACACAGUGUACUUCUUAUCUUCAAUCUCCGGCUACAAGAAAGCUCUCCGUCCCAUUUUACAGCUGGAAAACGAAGGUCCAAUAAGGAACGACCAUCGAUGGAACCAGCCCUAGAACUGGAGUUGGCUGAUUGCUGCCGGAGCCCCUCGCUCUAUAAGGGGACCAGUGUGUCCCCAGCUUAAGGGUCCCACCAGAUAGCAAGUGAACUUUCUUGAUCUUGCUUGUGCAUGUUUUACAAAUGUUCUCCCAUCUGUAGGGCCUUGGCACGACAUGUCCUGUUGAACCUUCUCACCAAUACCCUUUCCCACCGCCCAUCUCCUCCAACGGCUCCUUCACAUCUCAGAUCAGGUGUCACUGGCUGUCUUCCCUGGAUGCGCGUUUUGGCUGUUAUCAUGGCUAUGACCACAUGAUUAACGUGUGCAAUCCCACUCCCAUCCCCAAACUGUAGGCUCCAUGAGGACAGGGAGUGGGUGUCCUUUUUUUGCUCAGCCUUCCAUUCACAGCACUUAAUAGGCACGCAAGAAAUAGUUAUGAAUAAAUGAGUAGUUGAAUGAAUAAAUGAACAGGCUUUAUGGACCAGCACCUGCUUCCUCACCAUCCAAAGAUCAGCUGGUUGGAGGCAGAGAGAGGGCUGGAAACUCAAGAGGGAAGGGCUGUUUGGAAGUUCUGGGCCUUUGAAAUGACCCUUUUUAUUAAUGAAUGUGUUCUGUGACUGUUUCCCUUCCUUCUCACCACCCCCGACCUCCACCCCUUUGUCCUGUAACUGGAGGCCCUACCCUUCCUCUCGCACUGACAGAGUGGAGUCUUCCUUAUGCCGAUGAAUGAAGUGACACUUAAUAAGAAGCAAGCAGGCCAGAAAGAGUCAAAUGAGAAAGUUGGCAGCUCUGUUGUUCCCCAAGGAGCCACAGAGGUGAAGGGGAUUGAGGCAAAGGGACAGAACAUCUGGCUGGGCAGGCCUGAAAGCCUCGGCCACUCCAACCAGGACAGCUCUGCUCUUAGCCCUUAAAGACUUCCAGGGACACCUGCAGCCAUGCAGAGAAGUUGUAGGUCUCCCUCCAGCUGGUGGUCACGGAGAGGAAGGACUCUGUGCCGGUCAGAGAAGAGACUUGGUGGAGGUGGGCUGAGAGCAAGAACAGAGAGCACCCUAUGCUGGGGCUUCAGUUUGUUCCUAGGAAUUUCCUGGAGUUCAGAGGCAGGAAAGGGGAAUAGGCCCGGGAUAGAGGAACUAGGAGCCUCAGGCUUUGGGGGCAGGGGAAUAGGGUUCUGCUGCCUGUUGAGAAAAGAAGGAUGCUGCCUUUGGAUGAUGUUGAAGAUUGAGGCAUUCAACACAUACAAUUGGCAGGUGUGUGCAAUGACUGCCCAACCUAACUCCCUGUCCCUACCUCUCUCCAUCCACACCUACACAUUUUUGUGGUUAAUACCUUCAAGGUUACUCUUGAUGUUUAUUACUUACUCACCUCCCUUUGUGUUCUCCAGUGAUAGGCACACAAUAAAAUUGGCUAUUAGCCAAAGCCAAAACAAAAACUAAAGCCAUUGGCAACAACUGAAACUAAAAUCAAACAAAGAAGUAAAUUAAAAUAAAUGGUCAAGAUGAAGAAGAGAGUUAGAAUGCAAAUGUGCAGAUGGUAACAUCUUAAUUACUGCAUUUGAACUUCAGCACUAACCUUGAGCUCCCCAGUGGCCAGAGUGAAAAGGGAAAAACAAUCCAUUAUGUGAUUGCAAUUUUCUAAGGAGAUGCUGAGUUGCUAACAAGAUGCCGAGCUUUUCUCAGAAUCUAGAACAAAGAGAAUUUUCUUGUGCAGGCCUUCAUUGUCUAAGAAAUGUGCAUUGCCAUGUCCUCUACAAAAAUUCUACAGUAAAUUCAAUGUAGUUUUCAUUUCAUAAGAUGAGCUGACAAUUUAACACACAAAAUUACACCUCGGUGAAAACAGUGCUUUGAAGGGUUAUGUAGGUACAGUUCUGAAGGUCUCUGAAUGCAAAAAUUAAAGAGAUUUUAUAGAGGAAUAAAUGGAGCCUCCUGUCUUUCAAACAAUCCUCCCUAAAUAGUGCUUUUCUCAGAGAGGCUUUGGCUAGAACGUGGGCAGCCAACAAUUCAUGCUUUGAGUGUGGGUGCUAUGUUUUGCUGAUUAAAUGCAGCUCCAGCCUCAGACUUUCUAUGCAGCCUAUGUCCAAAUUUAGUUACUCAGUAAACAUUCUUCAAAUCCAAAAAGAAAGAUGAAUGUUAUGUGAAGUAGACCUCAACCAAAUAUAUGAUUUAAAAUUUUUACAAGGAAAACUUGCAUCGAUGUUAUAUAGGUGCCUCUCUGAUUAUUUCUUUCCUAGAUCACAGUCCAAAAGCGUUCUACCAGUCUGUUUAGACCUGGCCUUGGUAUUUCUGGUUCAUUUAGCAGGUGCACCAUUCAUCUGCAAGGAAGGAAAAGAAUGAAGAUGUCAUCAAUAAUAUUCCUACAGAGCUCCAACUCCACCAAGUUCUCCUAGUGUGGAAGGCAGUAAUUUGUUCCCUGAUAUAUGGGGAUUGCUUUUCUUCAGUAGCCGAGACCCAAUCAGUCUUCAGAGGUGGUUGUAAUUAAUAGGUAAGGAAGUGAAAAUACAUCUGAAUUAAUAGAGCCACUAGGUGUGACUAACUAUAAUAUGAUUACAUGUGAAAUUAACCCAGAGAUCAAACCUAAUCAAUCCACGCUAAUAACUGCCAGGACAACAAUUUGUGGUUUUAGAUGAGUUUACAUUGAAAGGAACUAAAGAAAAUGAACUCUGUUAGAAUGUAAAACUGAAGGUUUUAAAAAGUGUGAGCAGUGUACCAAGAUUAUAAAUAUGCAUUAGAUGAUAUUAAUGUCCAGAUGUCAGAUAACCAAACCAUUAUUUAUGAUGGCAAGUGAGAGUAAACAAAAUUAAAAAGUCCGAAAUUAGUAAAGCAAAGCAACAUUUUAAAAGUGAAGCUGGAAUAGUGCAGAAUCUGAGACCCCCAGUGUAGUCACUUAUUUAUUUGAUUUCAGCAACUUAAAAAAAAAUUACUAUACAACAUAGAAUAUAUAAGCUAUAAAAAGCAAGAUUCUAACAGCCAUGAAUUUACAACUCAGUUUAAGAACCACGUUAACAAAUUCAUCGCAGCCCCUAGUGUAUCAUAUCCUGAUUGUAAACCUCCCUGCCCCCCCCACCCCUCCCCCAGGGGUAAACACUAUCCUGAAUUUUGUGUUUUGCUGUCUUGGUAGAUUAUAUUUCCAGCCCCGAUUCUUCACCCUUCACUGUACCCACACCUUUUUCUAUUUAACUUUGCAGAGCCCUCUCACUGUGGUUAGGACAUAUUUCCCUAUUUUUAAAAAUUUGGCUCCAUAACUUUCUUUGCCAAUAGAAGGCAGCAGAAAUGAUAUGUCAGCUCUAAGCCCAGGCCUUGAUAAUCCCUCCAUGUUCCCACUGGUUCUUUGCAGCUUUCCCAUCAUCAUAAAAAGAACAUGCUUUUUUUUUUUUUUUUUCCCCAGGGCUGCAUGUGCAGCAUAUGGAAGUUCCA